GGAGUGAGAUCCCGGGCGCAGUCGCUCCCCGGGGCGGCCGAGGGGCGCGCGGGGAGAGGCCUGCGCCGGGGUACUUUCAAACUGAGGCGCGCGCACACACUCACACUGAGACACGCGCGCACACACACACACUCAGACAGACACACGCGCACGCACACACACACAUACACACACACACACACAUACACGCCCAUUUAUAUAGGCGGUGGCGGCCGGGGCGGCGGCAGCGGCGGCGGCGAGGCAGGAAUGAUGGAGCUGAGCCAGCCGACCGGGGUUGGAAGCAAGUGAGGAGAGCCCAGGCGCACCCCCCGGAUUUCCGUGCCCGGCUCUUGUCAUCCUACCCAGGGAACGGUGCGCCCGGAGGAGGACCAGGUGGACUGAUUUGCUAGAGGGGCGGGGAAGAGGAGGAGACCAGGUGAACGGAGGAGCCCCCGCUUACCCGGACCGCCCGGUCGCGCCUUUGCCCGACUCCCGCUCCCUCUCCGCCCAGGUGGGCGCGCCCGGUUACCCGCUCGCCAGGGGCUCUUUGAGGAGACCAGAAAGUCGCGGCCCGGCUUCGCGGGAUGCCUUUCGCCAAGAGGAUCGUGGAGCCGCAAUGGCUGUGCCGGCAGCGGCGCCCGGCGCCCGGCCCGGCGGAGGACGCGAACGGAGGCAGCGCCGAGCCGCCGCCGCCCCUGCAGCCGCCCGGCCGACGGGACGAGGCCGUGGCGCCCGGGCCGGAGGAACCUCCCCAUGUGCCCCCCGCGCCACCCGGGCCGCCGCCGCCCGCCCCGACCGACCAGGCGCAGCCGCCGCACGGAGAGGCGCCAGCAGCGGGAGAGGAGAGCGCGGCGGGGGUCGCGGAGGCGGCGGCCGCGGCCGCGGCGGGCGAGGCGUCCUCGGCGGCGGCCGCGGCCGUGCUGCUCAUGCUGGACCUGUGCGCGGUCAGCAACGCCGCGCUGGCCCGCGUCCUCCGGCAGCUCUCGGACGUGGCCCGGCACGCGUGCAGCCUCUUCCAGGAGCUUGAGAGCGACAUCCAGCUGACCCACCGCCGCGUCUGGGCGCUGCAGGGCAAGCUCGGUGGCGUGCAGCGCGUCCUCGGCACGCUGGACCCCAAGCAGGAGGCAGUCCCCGUCUCCAACCUGGACAUUGAGAGUAAGCUGAGCGUAUACUACCGCGCCCCGUGGCACCAGCAGAGAAACAUCUUCCUCCCGGCCACGAGGCCGCCCUGCGUGGAGGAGCUGCACCGCCGUGCCCGGCAGAGCCCGCAAGCCCUGCGCAGAGAACACCGCAGCCGGAGCGAUCGCCGGGAGCAGAGAGCCGCUGUCCCCCUUUCUGUAGUGGCUCCUCCACUGCCAGCCUACCCCCCAGCUCACAGCCAGAGGAGGCGCGAAGUAAAGGACCGGCACUUCUUAACGUUUAACAGCACCCGUUCGCCCUCCCCCACUGAGUGUUGCCACAUGACCCCAUGGAGUAGAAAGUCCCAUCCCCCAGAAGAUGAAGACACAGAUGUCACGUUAGGGCAGAGGCCGAAAAACCCGGUACACAAUAUCCCCUCGACACUGGACAAGCAGACCAACUGGAGCAAAGCACUGCCUCUCCCAACACCAGAAGAGAAAAUGAAACAAGAUGCCCAAGUGAUCUCUUCUUGCAUUAUUCCCAUCAAUGUCACUGGAGUUGGUUUUGACAGAGAGGCUAGUAUACGCUGCUCUCUUGUUCAUUCACAAUCCGUACUACAGCGGAGACGAAAACUGAGGAGGAGGAAAACCAUCUCGGGUAUCCCCAGAAGAGUCCAACAAGAAAUAGAUUCUGAUGAAUCCCCUGUGGCCAGGGAGAGGAAUGUGAUCGUGCACACACAUCCAGACCCUUCCAGCACUGUCAACAGGAGGUCUGGAACCAGGGACUCGGAGUGCCAAACCGAAGAUAUUCUGAUUGCUGCUCCAUCCAGAAGGAGAAUCAGAGCUCAAAGGGGUCAGAGCAUCGCAGCUUCCCUUUCUCAUUCUGCCGGCAACAUCUCCGCGUUGGCAGACAAAGGCGAUGCCAUGUUUACUACAGCAGUGAGCAGCCGCACAAGAUCUCGGAGCCUUCCCCGGGAGGGCAACAGAGGUGGGGAUGCUGAGCCCAAAGUUGGUGCUAAACCCUCGGCAUAUGAAGAGGGGGAGCCUUUCGUGAGUGACCGAGAAAGAAACACUAAUGAUUGCAGUGACGCCCCCAGCAGCCCGAGUGCACAGGAACGCCAGCCUGCUCUGGGCCUGGCUUGCUCUCAACAUCUUCACAGCCCCCAGCACAAGUUAAAUGAGAGAGGGAGGUCGCGUCUAUCCCGAAUGGCUGCCGAUUCUGGCAGCUGUGACAUCUCCUCCAACUCGGACACCUUUGGGAGCCCCAUCCACUGCAUCUCCACGGCUGGCGUCCUCCUCAGCAGCCACAUGGACCAGAAGGACGAGCACCAGUCAUCCAGCGGCAACUGGAGUGGGAGCAGCUCCACAUGCCCCUCACAGACCUCAGAGACGAUUCCUCCUGCAGCUUCUCCUCCCCUCACUGGCUCUUCACACUGUGACUCGGAGUUGUCCCUAAACACGGCCCCUCAUGCUAAUGAGGAUGCCACUGUCUUCGUGACCGAGCAGUACAACGACCACCUGGAUAAAGUGAGAGGCCACCGGGCAAACUCCUUUACCUCCACGGUGGCCGACCUGCUGGAUGACCCCAACAACAGCAACACAAGUGACAGUGAGUGGAACUACCUGCAUCACCAUCACGAUGCCUCCUGCCGCCAGGAUUUUAGUCCUGAACGCCCCAAGGCAGACAGCCUAGGCUGCCCGAGCUUCACAAGCAUGGCCACCUAUGACAGCUUUCUGGAAAAGUCUCCAUCAGACAAAGCAGACACUAGCUCUCACUUUUCAGUGGACACAGAAGGAUACUACACUUCCAUGCACUUUGACUGUGGCCUCAAAGGUAACAAGAGUUAUGUCUGUCACUAUGCAGCCCUGGGCCCAGAGAAUGGCCAGGGCAUGGGGGUUCCUCCUACUCUCCCGGACUGUGCCUGGCAGGACUACUUAGACCACAGGAGGCAGGGAAGACCAAGCAUCUCUUUCAGGAAACCAAAGGCAAAGCCGACCCCACCUAAACGGAGCUCAUCACUGAGGAAGUCCGAUGGAAAUGCAGACGUUUCUGAGAAGAAAGAACCAAAGAUAAACACUGGCCAGCUCCUGCCUCACAGUUCCAGGGAAAUGAAGCUGCCUCUUGAUUUCUCCAACACGCCUUCUCGAAUGGAAAAUGCCAACCUUCCCACCAAGCAGGAAUCUUCUUGGAUGAAUCAGAGUGAACAUGGUAUUAAGGAACCUCAGUUAGACACUUCAGAUAUUCCACCAUUCAAAGAUGAAGGUGCUGACUCAACUCACUAUGCAGAUCUCUGGCUUCUAAAUGACUUGAAAACAAACGAUCCUUACAGAUCUUUAUCUAAUUCAAGCACUGCUACGGGUACCACAGUUAUCGAAUGCAUCAAAUCUCCAGAGAGCUCUGAGUCCCAAACAUCCCAGUCAGAAUCAAGAGCCACCACCCCAUCCCUUCCUUCUGUUGACAAUGAGUUUAAACUGGCUUCACCAGAAAAGCUGGCCGGCUUGGCAUCCCCAUCAAGUGGCUACUCGAGCCAGUCUGAAACACCAACCUCCUCUUUCCCUACAGCUUUCUUUUCUGGUCCACUGUCUCCUGGAGGUAGCAAAAGAAAACCGAAAGUCCCAGAAAGGAAAUCCUCACUACAGCAACCCUCUUUAAAAGAUGGAGCUCUGUCACUGAGUAAAGACCUUGAACUUCCAAUUAUACCUCCCACCCAUCUUGACCUAAGUGCUCUUCAUAGUGUCUUGAAUAAACCAUUCCACCACCGUCACCCACUGCAUGUGUUUAGUCAUAAUAAGCAGAACCCAGUAGGAGAAACACUCAAGUCCAAUCCUCCACCAUCCCUUGCAAUUACACCGACAGUCCUGAAAUCUGUGAACCUUAGGUCCAUCGGUAAGUCUGAAGAAGCUAAACAAAAAGAAGGCAACAAUACAGAUCUCCCCUACUUAGAGGACAAUGCUCUCGCAAUGGCUGCCCUGUCACCAGGCAAGAUGAAGCCACAUUUGGCUAAGAAAUCAGUAUCACGUCAGUACUCCACUGAAGACACCAUACUGUCCUUUUUAGACUCCUCUGCACUUGAGAUGGGACCAGAUAAACUACAGCUAGAGAAAAAACGUACUUUUGAUGUAAAGAAUCAUUGUGACCCAGAAACAGUUACCUCAGCUGGUAGCAAUCUUCUAGAGUCAAGUGUCACAAGAGACCCAAUACCUAUGGAGAGUGAGCCCAUUCCAGAAAACACACCAAGUAAAACUUGUGACUUUCCCACAGAAGGAUUUCAGAGGGUCUCUGUCGCCCGCCUAAGUGAUGUGGAUGGUAAAACACUCCAAUAUGGAGCUGGUGCAGAUGAAGCCCCGGCACAGGCGCAGAAGGCAUCCUCUGCAGGUGGAGAGGAAGCUGCUCGCCUGGAGUCUGCAGAUGUGCUCACAUCUCAGUCGGAUGCACCAACCAGACCCACAGACAUAAGCAAUCCACUUAAGCAUCAACUGGGGACGAGCCGCCACCAUGACCAAGUGCCUGGGAAUAUCAGCUACGAAGCAGAGGUAUCAACUGCAAAUCCAUGCCCUGAAAAACGUUCCGAGCAGGAAAAUAUUGCUUCAGGUAUUUCAGCCAAAAGUGCCUCUGGUAACAGCGGAGCAGAGGAGACCCAAGGAAGUAUGGAGGAGGUUUCACUGAAAGAAUCGUCACCGAGUGAUGACUCUAUGAUUUCACCACUCAGUGAAGACUCUCAGGCUGAAGCAGAGGGUGUGUUCGUGUCUCCAAACAAACCUCGUACAACUGAGGAUUUAUUUGCAGUCAUCCACAGGUCCAAGAGGAAAGUCCUUGGAAGAAAAGAUUCUGGGGAUAUGUCUGCCCGAAGCAAAUCGAGAGCUGCUCUUGGCAGCGGCAGCGCCGGAUCUGUCACUUCGCCCAACAGCAGCGUGACCACGCCAAACAGCCAGAGGUCUCCCGGCCUCAUCUACCGAAACGCCAAAAAGUCCAACACAUCGAACGAAGAGUUUAAGCUGCUGCUGCUCAAGAAAGGAAGCCGCUCGGAUUCCAGUUACCGCAUGUCUGCUACUGAGAUCCUGAAGAGCCCCAUCCUGCCCAAACCCCCGGGGGAGCUCCCGGCGGAGUCCCUGCAGAGCGCCCAUGAGGCCCAUCAGGGGGCCCCUGGAGCCGAGGUGUUGUCCCCGCUGUCUCCAUGCUCCCCAAGAGUGAACGCAGAAGGCUUCUCCUCCAAGAACUUUGCCACCUCAGCAUCCGCAAGGGUCGGGCGCUCCCGAGCGCCCCCCGCAGCCAGCAGCAGCCGCUACAGCGUCCGCUGCAGGCUCUACAACGCGCCCAUGCAGGCCAUCUCCGAGGGGGAGACAGAAAAUUCUGACGGGAGUCCCCACGACGACCGGUCCUCCCAGAGCUCCACCUAGGUGGCCCGGGCCAGGCUGGCUGGCAGAGGCCAGAGCCCUUGGUCCUAAGAGGACGCAGGACCGGUGCGGAGGACUGGGGGGCGGGAGGGGGGAUGGGUGUCAGCACACCACGGGGCACCAUCGGGCACCAUUGCUGCUUCCCAACGAAUUCCUAAACAUUCGCUGGGGAAAUGGAAGCUGGUUUGGUCUUUCUUGAUUAUUUUCCAUGUUUUUAAGUAGCUGCACCGUCUUUCAUAUUUUUCUUUAGUAUAGUUUGAUUUACCCAAUAUCAUUCCUUUUAUAAUACAGAAUUUGAAGAUGUCUGCUUUUCAUGAAACCUAGAAAAAGUUUUCCCAGAGCUGCCUAUUCAAAAAACAAAGCCCUCACUGUCAUAAUUCUUAAGAAGAUGAAAUUACUCUGGAGGUUUGGUAUUUUUUUACAUUAAAAUGAACUACAGCAAAAUUUAGAAGAAAGAACUACACACAUGUAAAUACCAUAUUUUUGAUAAAAAUGUGUAAAUAGAUUUAUCAAUGACGAGUGGACAUGUGGCCAAUUAUCUACUACACACCAACUGUUUAAAAAACACAAGAAAUAAACUGUAAUAAUUGUAUUCUGUGAAUACCAUUUUCAUAUCAAAUACCAUAUUUAAAUGUCCACCAAUAUGAUUUUCUGAGUGAUAAACCUCAGUUAUGAAUUUUAAACUGGCGAAAUAAAGGAAAUCUUGAGGUCAUAUACUGAAACGUGAUUAAUUUAAAUUAAUGAAUUCAGACCUAACCAUUUUUGUGACAAAUUGCAGCACCAAACAAGCAAAUAGUAACACAUGGCUAUGAUUUACCAUGUGGUAAUUUGGACAGAAUGGAAAGCAUGCUUUUGAUUUUUUUUUUUUUUAAUCAAUGAGAAGAAUCAUUCUCAACACAAAGCCCCGAAGAACAGCAUCUGACAGUGUCUUUUAGACUUUUAGUUUUUCAAUGGAUUGCUUUCAGGAGAAUGAAUAGGGAAAACAAUACUUAAUGUUAGGUUAUGUUUUAUAUUAGGCUACUGGGGGCAUAAACAGUCAUAAUCUAAUGACUAUAAACUCCUUAAACAGUGUAGCAAUUAGCUCCAGGUUCUUUAACUAACAAAAAUAAAACAUAAGCAUGCCACAGAGCUAUUGACUUAUCAGUAAGUACCUGCAAUGAGUUUUCAGUGAAGCUUUCUCUCUGUGCUGAUGAGAUUCACGCUACCUAAAAAGUAACAGAAAUGACACUGUGAACAAUAUAGUUGGGAAAUAGGUAUGUGUAUAUGCAUUAUUUAUAUUCGCUGUUAAACUGGGAAUGGGGAACAGCUCUGGUUCACAACACUACAUACAAAUGAGUUUUUGUCUGAUUUUACUGUAUCUGCUUGAUGGCGAAAGGGGAGGGGUGGUGGGUGGGAAAGGAAAUGUCAGGGCGAGUGCUCUGAUAAAAUGAAGGCAGGGAAACAAGCUGAAUUACUUGAAAUUACUUGAAUUUUCUUGUCUUAAAGCUGAAAAAAAGUAGUUACAAGUUGAAAUCUGCAAAUGGUUCUUACACCUCUGAUUUUAACAUGAAAUGAUACUAAUGUUUGAAAUGCUUUGUCAGAAAUAUAAGCAGUUAUGUACUUAGAAUAUGUUUUGAUUGGGACAAGGUAGAAUGUAGAGAGAACUAAGAAGGGAUAUGGCCUAUAAAUGAAUAGAAUGUAAUUAGAAUGAUAGGACAGACCAGAGUUAUGAAGAAAUUGAUAAGCAGCUGGCUUUAAGUUUAUGCAAGUGGUAUUUGGGAAAGUAGGAUGUGUGACAGGGGGUUUGUGGCUUUGGUUUAAUUCAUACAAUAUGAAGGAGAAAGCCUGGUCUAAGAAGAUGCUGUCUUUCGAUAGAAACACUUUCUAAGAUGUUACAGAUUGAAAAUUAGAGAAUCUGAUUGCUGUUGGCUUUUUGUUUGUUUGUAAAGAAAAAAAUGUCUGGCUUCUUCUACUAUUUGUUUUCACUAUCAAAUAAUAUUUCUUAAUUUCUUGUCAUCCUUGUGUGUAAAAUGGGCGCUGGGGGGUGGCGGGGUAGAGGAGGGAGAACGUAUGUGUGUGUGGGUGUGGGUGUUUGUGCUGGGAUAGAUAAGCUACCUGGUAAAGGGUACAUUUGAACAUUUACAAAGUGUUAUACUUUUUACUAAAAGAAAAAUGUUUGGGGGUUUGAAAAAGUGGACCAUCACUUGUCAUUGGAACCCGUUAAUCAAGAAAACCAGCAUGGUUUGACACCACAUGGGAACAUGAAUAACUUUUUCUCAUGCUUUGAAAAGUACACUUGGCAAAAUUUUAAAAAAUAAUGUUUUUAGACAAAUGCGAUAAGAAACCGUCAUUUCCAGUCACAGUAGGUGAUCUUUUGUAAUUUUCAUAAAAGCAGUUCGUUUGCAGUAUGGCUUUUGUGUAGUCAGGGGUUUUUUAAGCGUAAAGAAAGGUAUGUGGGCUUUAAAAGUGAUUCUAAAUCUUGGAUAGGAAACACAUGAAUUGGCUUUAAUAAAUGUCACCUUUUUAUUAUUGACAUCAAUUUAAGUAAUGGUACCAUAUAUUUUUUAAAAUACAUACUGACUUGAAUUGUGAGGCAAUAAGAUUCCUUCUAUAUGUAAUGAUCACAGAACUAACCCUUAUAAUAUAGUUUUACUUAUUUUGUUUACUCUAAAAAUCUAUAGCAGAGUUUCUCUAUUUUAUAUUUCAUAGAUUAAAAAAAAACCCAAAUAAUGAUGGAUUUUAAAUUCACUGUGGAAAGAGUAUUGAGCAACAAACUGAGUUUAAAAAAAAAAUAGUAAGAAAUUCCUUAGUAAUCUGGAAUAUUCUACAUGGCUUUAUUACAUAGCAUAUAAAACCAAGAAUUAGAGGGCUGUCUUCAACAUCACUGCCGUUUUGAAGCAGGGUACACACAUUAGGUAUCGUGAAAAACAUCAAUCCAAACUUUUCUUCUGUUGUUUGCACUGAUGCUAAUUUUUUGUUCUUUUAUGUUUAUGCAACAUGUCUAUGUUGUGUGGGGGAAAUUUUUUUUCUUUCUUUUUUUUUUUUUUUGGCUAAGUAGAGGACAUGGACUAGUUGUUGCAAACCAAACACACGGUUUGCUCUUGCCAAAGGUCAGUGAGUGAGUCGAUUUGCUGCAGUGACGGCCGACUUAGAGAACUAGAUGACGACAAAGAUUUAAAACUAUAAAGAAGGUUACAGUGUAACUAUUUUGGUACUAGAACCAGUUCAUGCUGGCCAAAAAGACAAUGGUUUAUGGACUUGCAUCCAUUUUGUAUUUUUGUAAUAUUUGUAAAUAUGAACUUUUUAAAUUGUUGCAGAAAUGGUUUCUUUUGUAAGAUGUUUUCAACGUUUACAUUCAAUUCAAGCCUUUGUAUAUUUUAGAGCUGUGCAACACUUUAAGUCUUGUAUUUAUUUUUAGUAAAAAUGGUGACAGUUUCAUUGUGAACCCCUCUCAAAAAAAUGUACCAGAAAAGUUUGAUUACCUAGAAAGUGUGUAUAGAAACUGCAAAUAAACGUGACUGCA